AUGAGUGCUCUAAUUUUCAUUUUUGCUGUCAUUGCCAACUGUGUCAAUUUGUUUGCUCAAGUGCAUUUUACUAUUUUAUACGCUGAUUUAGAAUCAGAUUAUAUCAAUCCAAUUGAAUUAUGCUCUAGAGUGAACAAGUUAAUCGCUCCAGAAGCUGCGUUACACGCAUUCUUAUCCGUUUUGUUUCUAUUAACUGGCCAUUGGUUUGUAUUCGCCAUUAACCUUCCAUUAUUGGCUUUCAACGGUAAUAAAUUAUACAAGAAAUUACAACUUCUAGACGCUACUGAAAUUUUCAGAACAUUGAACAAGCACAAGAGAGAAAGUUUCUUAAAAUUAGGUUUCUACCUAUUAUUAUUCUUUUACUACUUAUACAGAAUGAUUGCUACAUUAAUUGCCGAAGGUGCCAAUGACUACUAA